UCCUCAGUCCUACCUGUUCCUCAGUCCAGUCCGCAGUCUCUGGUCAUCUCCUGUACCGUGCCCGCAGUCUCUGGUCAUCCCCUGUACCGUGCCCGCAGUCUCUGGUCAUCCCCUGUACCGUGCCCGCAGUCUCUGGUCAUCCCCUGUACCGUGCCCGCAGUCUCUGGUCAUCCCCUGUACCGUGCCCGCAGUCUCUGGUCAUCCCCUGUACCGUGCCCGCAGUCUCUGGUCAUCCCCUGUACCGUGCCCGCAGUCUCUGGUCAUCCCCUGUACCGUGUCCCGCAGUCUCUGGUCAUCCCUGUACCGUGCCGCAGUCUCUGGUUAUCUCCUGUACUGUGUCCGCAGUCUCUGGUCAUCCCCUGUACCGUCCGCAGUCUCUGGUCAUCCCCUGUACCGCGUCCGCAGUCUCUGGUCAUCCCCUGUACCGUGUCCGCAGUCUCUGGUCAUCCCCUGUACCGUGUCCGCAGUCUCUGGUCAUCUCCUGUACUAUGUCCGCAGUCUCUGGUCAUCUCCUGUACCGUGUCCGCAGUCUCUGGUCAUCUCCUGUACCGUGUCCGCAGUCUCUGGUCAUCUCCUGUACUGUGUCCGCAGUCUCCGGUCAUCUCC